AGGUCGACCUUUUGGAUAAGCACAUUGGCCUGUGUUUUGGGUCAGGUCGACCUUUUGGAUAAGCACAUUGGCCUGUGUUUUGGGUCAGGUCGACUUUUUGGAUAAGCACAUUGGCCUGUGUUUUGGGUCAGAUCGACCUUUUGGAUAAGCAUUCCAGCUCAUUAUGGUGGUUUAGUGAUGAAGGGGAUGGUAUGAUUUGUUCUUCUGCUCCAUGUGAUGGUUACUGAGACUUCACAAUGUAGUGUGACGAUUGGAGAUGUGUAAGCAAUAGCGAAAAUUCCACCUAGCCUAUCAGAGGGCAAGAUGGAGCAAUUACAAUAUUGUUUAAACUUAUCAAAUCCUCCACAAGCGUCUAGGGGUUGUUUCCGGACAGGCCCUAUAAUGGCAAACUGUGUGCUCUCCCCCAUGCGUAAGACCCUGACCUCUGAACCCUAACCCCUGAACCCUAUGUGUAAGACCCUGACCUCUGAACUCUAAACCCCUGAACUCUUACCCCUGAACCCUAACCCCUAAACCCCUGAACCCCUGUGUCUCUCUCUCCAGGUGGUCUAUGUUUGAUCCAUGUUGGCGUGCGUCUGUGUAGCUGUCGCUCCGGUUUCACAGGCCAGCGCUGCGAGAUCAACAUCAACGAGUGUGCCGGUAACCCCUGCACCAACGGAGGGACCUGCCUGGACCGCAUCAACGACUACACCUGUGCCUGCCCCCCGGGGUACGCCGGCCGAAACUGUGACCGCGUCCUGGAGGAGUGCUCCAUGCGCCCCUGUCUCAACGGAGGACUCUGCACCGGGGAAGGGGGACCGGGGAAAUCCCCCACCACCUGUAUCUGUCCCGCCGGCUUCACAGGACCCCGCUGUCAGUUCUUUGCAGUGACCCUGCCAGUCGGUGGUGAGAGGAUCAACGGAGAGAGCCAAGAUGGCUUCCAGUGGGCGGCAGUUUCCCUGGCUGUAGGGCUGGUUGCGUUUCUGGUGCUGCUAUGCAUGGUGGGGCUGGCUCUAAGACACAUCCACAGACAGAUGGGCAGGGACAGAGGAGACCGGGAGACCAUGAACAACCUAUCAGACGUACAGAAGGAUAACCUUAUCCCCGCCUCCCAGCUGAAGAACACCAAUCAGAAGGUUGUACUGGAGGUGGACUGCGAAUCAGAGAAGUCAAAUUUUAUCCACAAGAACUAUCACUUGGACUAUAGUAAUGCAAAGUCGAAGGAGUUCAAGGAUGAUAAGUCGCAAGAGGAUAAAAGACUAAAUCACAUCUACGACAAGUGUUUAGAAGAGAAAAUACCGAUGAGUGGAAUGUACAGUGAAAAGGAGGAGUGUAGGAUAUCAACGAUAUGUUCCCCUCGAGACUCUCAGAUCUACCAGUCUGUCUUUGUUAUAGGAGAAGAGAAGAGGGAGUGCGUCAUAGCAACAGAGGUAUAAAGCUGUGUGAGUUAGAAAAGCGAGGGAGCAAGAAGGCGGAGGAGGA